UACUUCCCUCCCCAUCAAGCAUUGCACACUAACUAGCUCAUAAAAUACUCAAAAACAAACACUUUCUUCUUGAGUUUGCUCAAGGUUGUGUUGUUGUUGUUGUUGCUGUUGUAGGGUAAUUAUGUCUGGGGUAUGGGUUUUCAAGAACCAUGUGGUGAGGCUAGUGGAGAACCCUGGUUCUGAAAGGAAGGUGUUGGUUCACACUGCGAGCAAUGAAAUCAUAACCUCGUAUGCAGUGUUGGAGCACAAGCUGAACUCGUUGGGGUGGGAGCGUUACUACGAUGACCCUGAUUUGCUUCAGUUCCACAAACGCUCCACCGUUCACCUAAUCUCUCUCCCAAGGGAUUUCAGCAAGUUCAGGUCCAUCCACAUGUAUGACAUAGUCGUCAAGAACAAGAACUACUUCGAAGUUAGGGACAUGUAGUUAAUUAGUAAGGGUGUGAAGAAACUGCAUGGCUCUUCCUGUACCCUAGCUACGAAAUUGAAUUCAUGGAGAUCGAUUAAGCAAUUUUUUUUCUUCUUUUCUUUUGAUGUUGGUUUGUUGGUUUUGGAUUUUUGGUCAUUGGGGUGGGUGUUAGUGUCUAAAUUGUGAUGGGGGCAUUAAUUUGUGUAUGGUGUACAUGAGUUUGUGGUAUAUGAUUGAUAUAUUUGUAUGUAUAGAGUUACGGUUUGAUCGGAGAAUGGUGAAGCAUGAGGAGUGGAUGUCAUAUUUGUGUGUCGUGUUGUAAAUCUUUGUAAUCAAAGUUGAGUUUUCCAAUACUUGGGUAUUGAAUAUUCACAUUGGGAUUGCUGUGUGAGAUUAUUUCUCAGAACAACUUCAUGGUGUUGGUAAUAAAUAUGGGAGGAUCCACAUUA